AUGGAUAUCAGAUUCUCUAUCAGCGCUCGCUCGGAGACUUCGAUUGAUCGAUCGUGGAGAACUUUUAGCCCUCAGAGAGCCCGGGUGGACAUUAUUACUCCGGACAACGUUGAAGCGGCUCGCGGCUCCGAAGUGGUAAUCUUAGCUUUCCAGCCACAGCAAUUUGUUGAGGUUUUGAAUAGCCCAACCUUGGUGGAAACCAUACGGGGAAAACUGGUUCUCUCCAUAUUGGCCGGAAUUACCUCCUUACAAGUGGCUCAGCAACUCUACAAUGCUGCAGAACUGACCCCAGAGAACCGUGUGGUACGCCUUAUACCCAGUAUGGGCACCCAGAUAAUUGAAUCAAUGACAUUGAUCGCCGACACCGCGAUCUCUACAACCUGA